CCGUGCCGUUAAAAACCAACCCCCACCACCGUCGCAAUGUCCUCAUGAAACUUCUAUAGCUGUCGUUCAGCUAUUCUCUCGGUCGAUCCCCUGUUGACACAUUCUUGCUGGGAGCACGCCAGGCCGGCCGGCUAUACUCACUUCUCAGGACAAGGUUCUCGAAUGUGCUCGAUUUCCGAAUCCUGAAGUCUUGAAGAAUGUUCUAGACGAUCCUGAAGCCUAUAAAACGAGCAUAUUCGUUGACGGAGCUCUUCAGCAUUUUACAACCACAACCUACCAUUACGAUGUCUGUCUACCACUACGAACCCUUCUACAAUUUCGAUCGCUUCUUCACUGAAGUUUUUUCGCGCCUUGGUGAUAGCAAUGCCGAGGGUAGCGUAGUCAAGUCCGUCAAGCCAAGGAUGGACCUUCACGAGAAUGCAGAAAAGAACGUCGUAACAGCUACAUUCGAGCUGCCCGGCCUCACGAAGGACGGCGUUCAGAUUGACCUUCACGAUAACCGCUUAACCGUCUCAGGAGAGACCAAGACCUCGGAGGAACGUGAAGAGAGAGGAUAUGCUGUUCGCGAGAGGAGCUCUGGGAAAUUCUUCCGGACCUUACAGCUGCCAGCAGGCGUGAAGGAAGAGGAAAUCAAGGCGUCCAUGGAGAACGGUGUACUCACUGUGACAUUCCCUAAGACGGGCAAGGAGGCCGAGCGCAAGAAAAUUGCGAUUUCUUCGCGACUGUAACGGCGGCGGCGCAGUGUAUCUGUUUCUGUGCUCUAUUGUAAAGUAGUGUAGUUAUCAAAUAAUCAAUUUUCGUGAAGAAGCUUUUA